AUGGGUUCUUCUCUCAGUUCUCGUGUCGACAGUAAGAGCAGUGGUCUCUACGACCUCUCGAGCUGUAAAUCAUCAUCAUCGACUGCGGCGGCUCACAAGACAGAAGGAGAGAUACUUAACUCGGCGAAUCUCAAGAGUUUCACCUUCAACGAACUCAAACUCGCGACGAGAAACUUCAGAUCGGACUCUGUUGUCGGAGAAGGCGGCUUCGGUUGUGUCUACAGAGGAUGGAUUGAUGAGACCACUCUCACUCCAACCAAAUCCAGCUCCGGUCUCGUAGUCGCCGUCAAGCGUCUUAACCCUGAUGGUUUUCAAGGUCACAGAGAAUGGCUGACAGAGAUUAACUACUUGGGACAGUUAAGUCACCCGAAUUUAGUUAGACUGAUUGGUUACUGCAUGGAAGAUGAACAACGGCUUCUUGCAUACGAGUUUAUGCACAAGGGAAGCCUUGAGAAUCAUCUCUUCACAAAUGAUGUUCAGUGCAAGCCACUCUCUUGGGUCUUGAGGAUUAAAGUUGCACUUGAUGCAGCUAAAGGUCUCGCUUUUCUUCACAGCGACCCUGUUAAAGUCAUAUACCGUGACUUUAAAGCUUCAAACAUCUUGCUUGAUUCGGACUUCAAUGCAAAGCUUUCAGACUUUGGUUUAGCGAGAGACGGUCCAAUGGGUGAUACAAGCUAUGUUAGUACAAGAGUCAUGGGCACAUAUGGCUACGCCGCUCCUGAGUAUGUCUCAACAGGUCACUUGAAUGCUAGAAGCGAUGUAUACAGCUUUGGUGUUGUGCUUUUAGAGUUACUAACCGGAAGGAGAGCAUUGGACCAUAACCGACCGGCUAAGGAGCAAAGCCUUGUGGAAUGGGCUCGACCGUACUUGACAAGCAAGAGAAAGGUUCUGCUAAUGUUGGACGCUCGGAUUAACUUACAGUAUAAACCGGAAGAGGCGGUGAGAAUGGCGAGCAUUGCUGUGCAGUGCAUCUCAUUCGAACCAAAGUCGCGCCCGACUAUGGACCAAGUGGUUCGAGCCUUGGUACAGCUUCAAGACAGCUUGGUUAAACCGGCCAACGUUGACCAUUCCGGUAAGGAUACCAAGAAACUUGAGGGGCUGAAAACGGAUGAAAAGUAUCAGAGAAACGAUUUUGUUCUCUGCUACUCUCUCUCAAGUUAUCCCCAACUGCAGGUUGUUCUGGCGAUGAGGAGAUACAGUCCGCCGUAUUACAGUCCUCCGAGAAGAGGAUACGGUGGUCGAGGAAGAAGUCCUCCUCCUCCUCCUCCUCGACGUGGAUACGGCGGUGGUGGACGUAAGGGAUCUAGCCAUGGAAGUCUCUUGGUUCGGAACAUUCCUCUCGAUUGCAGACCAGAAGAGCUUCGUGCGCCCUUUGAGAGGUUUGGACCUGUGAGGGAUGUGUAUAUCCCCAGAGACUAUUACUCAGGGCAACCGAGGGGGUUUGCUUUUGUGGAGUUUGUUGAUGCAUAUGAUGCUGGGGAGGCUCAGAGAAGCAUGAACAGGAGAAUCUUUGCUGGGAGAGAGAUUACUGUGGUUGUUGCUUCAGAGUCUAGGAAAAGGCCUGAAGAGAUGCGUGUCAAGACUAGGACUCGUAGUAGGGAACCAUCAGGCUCUAGAGGUCGUUCUCAUGGACGAUCACGUUCACGUUCAAUCUCUAGAUCACGUUCUCCUCGUCGUCCAUCAGACUCUAGAAGCAGAUACCGAUCAAGGUCUUAUUCACCUGCACCGAGACGAAGAGGAGCAGACUAUUCAGCAUCUCCAAGGAGAAGGCAAGAGGGACGUCCACGGUCACCACCAAGAGGACCUCCUCGAGGAGAAGAAGAUCCAAAAUACAGUGGCAGGUCCUAUUCCCCUGGCUUUGAAGGUGAUGCUGCUGCUGACCGGGACAGAAAUGGAGACGAUGAGAUUAGAGAAAAACCGGGAUAUGAACCAGAGGAAAGGGGUCGUGGUGGAAGAGCAGUUUCAAGGUCCCCGUCAGGAUCAAGGUCCAGAUCUGUGGAGGUAUCUCCAAGAUGA